AGCAUUUUGUAUAUUGCAAUUCAUAUUUAUAAUUUGAUGUAUUUGAUACCAUGUUAUGCUCAAUAAACGGAGUGCCCCGGUGUCAAAAACCAAAAUAACGGAAAAAAUGAGAUUUUUGUGUUUCCGUGUAAUAGAAAAUGUGAAUGAAUUCAGUGAGAUAAUCUAGAAAAUUGGUUAAAAGCAGGAGAAAGUGAUGAAAUUGCGAGUGUCUUACAUUUGUCUCUGGUGCAAACAGAGCAAGACAUUUUCGGUUUAAAAAUCUUAAUUUGACACAAAAUUGUAAAUGCAUUAUAAUCUAUACUUAAAAAUGAAUGGAUAACAAUGGAAUGUAAUAAUAGUGGUUUUCAUCUUUUUAACAUACAGCAUAUACAGUUAAAAUAUUAACGUUGAAACUUUUUUUAAAAUUCUGGUUGAAAUAAUAUUGGAUGUUUUGUUAUAUAUUUUAUUGUGGUUUACAGAGUCAACAAUUUAAUUAUGUCAAAACUGUCAAUCUGUGAGAGUGUAGCUUUAAGACAUAAAGCUAAGACACACUCUAUACGAGACAGCACAGACUUUUUGGAGAAAUCUAAACCCAGGGGCAAAUAAACCCCACGAGAAACGGGCCAUAUCUGCCCCCGUUGGUAAAUUUACCUCCGUGGGUAUUUACCCCACCUCAGACAUGAUGCAAAUUUUCCCCGUCAGCAUUUUAUUUCAUGCCUCAAUGACACUGGUGAUUGUGUGGGCUUUGUCGAUCGUUACUUCAUUUGUUGUUGAACAAGAGGGAAUCUGCGACUUAAAAGAAGAUAGGUGGCCAGCAGAUUACAAAGUAGACAGUUAUGUAAAUAAUGUUGUCCAAAUAAAGGUUGACAUCACUUCCUGUGCCAAGCAAGCCGGUCCUGGUAAAAGCUAUGAAGAGGUAAAGGCUUGCGAUGACAUAUCAUUCCCGAGUUUUGACGAGUACCUUUCCCUUCUAAAGGUUACAUUAAAGUCAAAGUCGGAGUGUGAACUUACAGGCAAAAGCGAUGCCUGCCAGGCUGUUGACGCACAUGGCAAGCCAAAACAUGAUAAGGACAAGUGUUGCAGGACUUACUACGGCGUCGUUCCACACAGUUCUGCGAAACGUAUAAAACGAAAUGCGACUGGAAGCUUGUGUCAUAUCAUACAGAUGUUUUCCAUUGGGGAAUGUAGAGAUCCUUCGCCAAACCUAUGCAAAGAUUGUGAAACCGAGAAAUCGCUACAAUUCUUGCAGGCAUAUUGCCUCAAUGACACUGGUGAUUGUGUGGGCUUUGUCGAUCGUUACUUCGGUUGUCUUCGCACAAGAGGGAAUCUGCAAAUUACAUGAAUAUCCGCGCCCCGCAGAUUACACAGGAGACAAAAAUGAAACUGAAGUUUUCCAAACAAACAACAACAUCACUUUUUGCGACCAGCGAGCCUGUCGCGGUAUAAGCAAUGAAGAGCUAAAGGCAUGCAAUGACGGUUCCUUCCCGAGUUUUGACGAGUACCUUCGCCUACUGAAGUAUUCAUUAAAGUCAAAGUCGGACUGUGAACUUACCGGUGAUCCAGAUGCCUGCCAGGCUGUUGACGCAAACGGAAAUCCAGCUCAUGAUGGGGACAAAUGCUGCAGAACGUACUUUGGCGUCGUUCCUCCCGGUUCUACAAACCGUUUUCACCGAAAUGCGCUUGGGAACUGGUGUUUCAUCACUCAGACGUUUUCCAUUGGAGAAUGUAGAGAUUCAUCUCAAGGACAAUGCAGCGUUUGCCAAAACCAGACAUCACUACAAUACUUGGACGCUAAUUGUUAUGUCGAUGGAAAUUUAAGUUCUUCAUUCUUCUUUUUUGAAAUUACAACCUACUGCUCUUGUCAAAAAACGGAUGAAAAAUUGUUAAACGGCGGACAUCAUUUGGGGGCCAAUAAUAUGGCAAUUAUGCAUAUUACCAUUGCUUG